GACCGUCCACGCUGGCGUGAGUCCUGGAAUGGCAACUCCUUAGUUUUCCCCAGCAUGCGAAAAUGCAUACACAAAGGCGGGUGAACGAUGGGGACAAGGACAUUGCUUCUCAAUUACCAGAAGUACCCGCGAGCCCGACCUACGCCCUUGAGGACUUGAGUCCACCGCGCUACAAGGACGAAGAGGACUCCGACCGCGCCCGGCGAGCUCAGGCCCAAGCCCGAGUACGAGCCCGAGCCAGCGGCGAGUACGGCGAUCUAGAGCUAGGCAGUGUACCGCUAUUGCCGGCUGGGCAUCCAGAUGAAGACCGCGAUUUGGAUGACUCGGACUCGGACUUUUUCGACUAUGAGGAGCAAGGUGCGCAUUGGGACCACCCGCCGCUGUCCUGCACCCUUGCUGGCUUCACCACCUGGUUGCGUGGGCCGGUCCCGCCGCAUGUUUACCAUAUCAAGCCUUGGUUUCCGCGAUGGCAGGCCGCACCGUCGCGUCUGAUUGAGCGGUGGGCUCCACGACGGGGCAUGAAGAUUGCAUUAGUCGCUGGCGGUUUGAUUAUCUGGAUUGUCGUGUUCUUUGCUUCACUGCAAGCUUCCGUUGCCGGUCAAGAAAUUACAGGAUAUGGACGGCCAGUGAAGCUGUCGUGUCACCAUCGUCUAUGGACCAAUGCGACAGAUUGCGGUCUGAACGGAGAUCAUUGUCUCCCAUUUGAUGAGCAGUCGUUUGCUUUCAGCUGUCCGGCAGGCUGCUCUACUGCUAUUCUCCUAGAACCGUACGAUAUUGGUAACAGUUCGUUUAACUAUCGACCUCUUGUUAUUGGAGGGAAACCCUUCCGAAUGGACGGUCACAACAGUGGGAUAUACCGCGGCGACUCUUCGAUUUGUGCCUCAGCACUACAUGCUGGGCUGAUCAGCGAUGCCAAAGGUGGCUGUGGCAUUCUGCAUCGUCGCGGAGAGCGGGACAACUUCCAGAACUACACCAAGAAUGGUAUCGAGAGUAUAUCUUUCAAGCCGUUGUUCCCAAUGUCUUUCAUGUUGACACGAGAGGUGUCUUCCCCAGGGUCCAGUGAAGCUAAGCUGGUGGAAUGCUCCGAUAUCCGCUGGUCGCUAUUUGCUUUCACACUGUGCGUUACGGUCAUCUUUUCAAUGACUGUUACUUCGGCACCGAUUUUUUACAGUAUCACGUUUUUCAUAGUCUGGUUUCAAGUCGCCAUGGCAUCAGACCCACCAGGCUCGAGGAACUUCUACGGCUUGUUACAAGUCGGACUGGGCCGAUUUCUUCCUGGCUCUUUCGUGGGCUUCGCCUUAUACUACUUCUGUGUACGCAAGACCCUCGUCAAUCUCGAGGCACAUGCAGACAAGACUAUCCUAUGGCUGGGAGGCUGCUGGGUUGGUGCCUUGAACUCAGAUACCUUCGACCGUAUCCCCAUAUCCCGCCUCACACCUCAUGAUCUUCAACAACAGCCCGGCGCCAUUACGGCCCUAAUCAUCAUAAUCGGUGUUCUCAUCACAACCACCUUCAUCCAGGCACAUUGCUUCCGCUGGGAGGGUCGUCUGCUAUCCACUCUACGCCUGUACGGUAUCAUGUUCGUCGGCAUUAUAGUGCUCGUCCUAGUACCUCACAUGAACCUCCGCAUCCACCAUUACAUCCUUGCCCUCCUCCUCAUCCCAGGCACAACACUUCAAACCAGACCCAGCCUCCUAUUCCAAGGCAUAUUGCUUGGUCUAUUCAUCAACGGUAUCGCCCGCUGGGGCUUCGAUUCUGUUCUUCAAACCCCCGCCUCCCUCCUCGAAGGUGGUCGUCUAGGCACUAUUCCACCACCAAUGAAUCCACCGCAUAUCGAGGAUCGAAGCCACCUCGUCUUCUCGUUCCCUGAGAUUCCGCCACAUGUCGAUGGUAUUAGCGUGAUUGUCAACGACGUGCUACGGUAUCAGGGGUUCAAGUCGAAGGAUAGUGCCUCCGUGCCGGACUUUGCUUGGUCGCGCCGACGCAAUAAUCAAGAGGAGUACUUCCGGCUCGGGUAUGUUCAUUUGAAUGCCUUGGGAGGUGUUUGGUAUGAGGAUUUCUCCGCGCCCUCAACGUGGGCUAUUGAUGGCAACUUUUACUAUCCGGGAUAGUUAUAAGCGGUCGUCUUGGUAGUCAUUAUUCUUAGACUCUUUGUCUUUUCAUUUUACUAGCCUGGUGGCCUUUGGCGUGUGUAGCAUUUUCGAAUAUGGGUAUUAGACUCGUGGAAGGUGUUGGGCUUCUUUUCGGAAUUGAUUCGUUCGUUCAUAGAAAAAAUAAAGUUCUAACAGCGCAUACAAAACAUUGUAAGAGCAUUUCCAGAAACCGAAAGAGUACAAACUCCGAUUCAAUGGAUGUAAAAUAGCCGCGAAUGUGGCGGACCGUAUGCUCCAAGCCCAAGGAGUGUAUCUAGCUAAUAUACAGACCGUAUGAUCUAUGAUCAAAAAUAAAAACGUCAGACCCCCAAAUGCAAUAGACCGAACCGUUUGACCAGCAAUUAUAUAAGAGUAAUUAAUCGUCCUUUCUGGCCUUGGCGGCCUUUUUAUCCUUUUUGUUCCUCUUCUCCUUCUUCGUCUUCUUAUCCUUGCUCUCAUUGGAGUAGUCUUGCUUGCAGCUCACUUGCACGAGGCUUUGCUUGCCGCCAUCUUCAAUGACCAGAGCAGUCAGUUUGCCGCCCUUCACACAACCAGAGUCAAGACCCUUGGUAUAUGUCCGGAUCUUAAGGCCUGUCUUGGCAUCGUGACCGUAAAUAACGGUCGUUGUUUGAGAGCGAGGGUCUGCAUGUGAAGAUUUGAGGCUCGAGUGAAGGAUGGAUUGGUGUUUAUCAAACAUCUAGAGGAACAGGUUAGUACAGAGGGAUCUGGGUCAAAACCGAGCAGACAGCUCACCUUAGCCCAACUCAUACCCUCGGUCUUUUCGCUGGGAACAUGCGUGUCAAGGUCCAUGGUUCGCAUCGUCAUCACGGUCGAGGGGUCCUGCUUUUCAAGCUCCACGCCCGGGACCAGACCGGCAUGUACAACUACUACCUGGCCGAUGCCCUGGACCGAGCCAACGUUCAAGAUGACCGGGCAAGCCUCAAGCCACCGCGCUUGCUCAUCGCUCAACGAGCGGGCCAGCGCGCGUUCCUUGGCUUCCUUCUCCGAGGGCUCGUGCAGCUUGACAUUCUUCUCGUCCCCCGCCAGGAGUGUAUUCAUCGUAAUCAUCUCAUGUCGGAGGAGCAGGAUGCGGUCUUCGUGGUUGCCACGCACACACGAGGCUCCAAGCUCGCGAGCAAGAUCCACAACUCCACCACUAUCGGGCCCCUUGUUAAUUAUAUCACCCGUGAGGAUCAGAUGGUCUCCAUCUGUCACGGAGAAUUCGAUCUUUUUAAGCAAUUGCUCCACUGAAGGAAGAUAGGACAAGUUAGUAUAUUUGGUGCCCUCAAACAGGAACAAGAAUGGAACCUACACUCCUCUUUACACCCAUGCACAUCCCCAACCACAACCAGACGCUUCUCACUCCUCGAUCCCCUCGACUCACCCUCGAUCCUGGCCACUGGCACCAAUGAAGGAUCCAAGGUACGGAUGUGAGUUAAACCAUCGAACCGAGGAAGCGAGUUACUCCCGAACCAGCCCCCGACCUCCGCUUUCGACGCAGGAUCCAGCGCGUGUAAUAAGGCACUGCGCUCCUCUAGGCGGGGGUAUAAGAUCAUAGCCCACCCGGCCCAGCCGAGUAAGAACAGAACGAGGUAGACAAGCACGUAGCGGCGGAAGCGCGGGGCAGCGAUGAUAGAUAGAGCGAUCUCGACGCAGCCGGGGUGUUUAUUGUUUUCGGGGGAGGAGGAGAGGGAGCGGUAGGCUGAACUAGAUUGCCAGCCGUUGCGGACUGAGUCGAUUAGGGGCCUUGAGAGACGGGUGAUGCGGGAGGAUGAGGAUGGUUGGGUGGUCGCGUGAUAAUAUGAGUCGCCGAGUUCAUGGUCGGAGUCGUAGGAGGCCAUAUUGGAAUGGCAUUUAUGAUUGAAGGGCUUCUCAGGACAUGGCAGUGGAGCAGGUAGGAGAUUCGGGGAAGGAGACAAAUAAUCGGAGUUGUCAACAAGGCGCCCGUGAUCAGCUAGGGCCAAGGCUGAGUCGAAGGGCUUGGC